AUGUGCUUCGCGAAUAUAAAUACACUUAUGAUUGAAUAUAAAUCAUCAAAUGGUGGAAUUAUUGAUCGUGUGGAUGUAUUUUUAAUUGAUGAAUUUAUAUCAAAAUUUCUUUCAGCAUAUGAUCUUCGUCUUAAAUAUUGUAUUUCAUAUCUUUAUUCAUUUUUACAAUUAAUUCAAAAAACUGUUCAUAUUGAUGAUUCAAAUACAAUACCAUACCUUUGCUUAUAUACCUCAACCAUUACAUAUUGA